AUGGCGACCCCAAGUUUUGUGAUCGGGCCGGUGCGACGGUUGAAAGAGAUAGAAAGUGGGGUUAGAUUGUAGUAAAGAGACGAGAGAGAGAGAGAAAAAGAUAGAAAGACAGACAGACAGACAGACAGAACUAAGACAGGGAGACACAAGAUAGAAAGAGAGACGAGCGUUCGCAAGUGGGGAUAGAAUCUUGGUGUGCAGCAGAAGUAAACGUACCUACAGUAUCGCAUCUCCGACCAGACUGUGUACAAUCGGCAAGCGAGACGGAGAUAAGACGUUGUACAGUGUACGCAAGAGAGAAAAAACGAACGGACGAAGAAGAAGGUAGAUAGAGAGGAAAGCAAAAGGGAGCAGCUUGUGGAACGGCAUGUCCUCGCGUGCUCGUGUCGUAGAGCGUUUCUGAACGCAGCCAUUACGACACAACCGCUCUCGGUGACGCUUUGCUGCGGUAGAGCCGUGCUCACGCGCGUAGUGGUCACGGAACGAUCGGAACGGGGCACACGUGUUUUCGAGAAUUCGAGCAAAAUCUCGGUAAAUGAAAUUUAUUUUAGUGAUUAAAUAUCGGUAAACGAUAUCGUGAUAAGCGAAUUUUUUUUAAAAACUUUGUUUUUGUGCGUGUACAGGAAAGCCUACGGACGCCUUUUGACGCACGGCGUCACGUCGCGCGGAUCGACAACCCGAGAGUGGCUCGACCGAAAUCGCUUGAUUUCUCUUUUGUGGUACCAAUUCGAAGAAAAAUAACUAACCAUGUUUGACGUAUUCGGCUCGGUAAAAGGAUUGCUCAAGCUCGACAGCGUUUGCAUCGAUAACAAUGUCUUUCGGCUGCAUUAUAAAGCUACGGUGAUCAUAUUAAUUGCUUUUUCGUUACUCGUCACCUCCAGGCAAUAUAUAGGAGAUCCCAUAGAUUGUAUCGUGGACGAGAUACCGCUUCACGUUAUGGAUACUUACUGUUGGAUCUAUUCGACGUUCACGAUCCCCGAUCGAACCGGCGUUGUCGGCAAAGACAUAGUACAGCCGGGUGUUGCAUCCCACGUUGACGGCGAGGACGAAAUCAAGUACCACAAGUAUUAUCAGUGGGUGUGUUUCACGCUAUUCUUCCAGGCGAUACUAUUUUACGUACCGCGUUACCUGUGGAAGACUUGGGAAGGCGGCCGAAUCAAGAUGCUAGUUCUCGACUUGAACUGCCCUGUGAUGAGCGACGAAUGUAAAUCGGAAAGAAGAAAGUUACUGGUCGAUUAUUUUGCGUUGAACUGGCACACGCAGAACUUUUAUGCAUUCCGCUUCUUCCUCUGCGAAGUGCUGAACUUCGUCAAUGUGGUCGGUCAGAUUUACUUUAUGGAUUUUUUCCUGGACGGCGAAUUCACCACCUACGGUUCGGACGUGGUGAAAUUUACAGAAAUGGAGCCUGAGGAGAGGAUCGAUCCAAUGUCACGGGUAUUCCCAAAGGUAACCAAGUGUACCUUCCACAAAUAUGGUGCAUCUGGCACGGUGCAGAAAUUCGACGGUCUCUGUGUGCUACCAUUGAACAUCGUCAAUGAGAAGAUAUACGUGUUCCUGUGGUUCUGGUUCAUCAUCCUGUCUGUGUUGAGCGGUUUGACCCUGGCUUACCGUGCCGCGGUGGUAGCCGGGCCGAGGCUCCGCUUGGUGCUGUUGCGUGCCCGCUCGCGCCUCUCCAAGCCAGAGCAUAUCGAGGCGAUCGCGGAGAUGUGCCAGAUCGGCGACUGGUUCGUUCUUUAUCAGCUUGGCAAGAACAUAGACCCAGUGGUGUACCAGCAACUUGUCGUUGAUCUUGCCACGAAACUACAGGGCAAAGAAUCUGUCUAGUUUUUUUUUCAUAUCUAAAAUUCCUCUUUUUCUUUUCUCCCC